AUGUUGGCGUGCCUCGCAUGCAAUGGGCUGACUAGGAAUCGCGAACAGCUUGCCAACUCCUACUCGGAGUUGCUCGACCAAUUCGCCUCGAAAGAACUCAAGACCGUCGGAAACUACUCGUUAGGGAAACUCAUUGGAAAAGGCUCCUUCGGCAAGGUCUAUCUUGCCAAACACAAUUUGACAAAUGGCUCCAAGGUGGUACUCAAGGCCUCGAAGAAGGACGACCCAAACCUCGCGAGAGAAAUUCACCACCACCGACAGUUCAUUCAUCCUCAUAUCGCUCGACUUUACGAAGUUAUAAUAACGGAAUCUCUUGUGUGGCUAGUUUUGGAAUAUUGCCCUGGUGACGAGUUGUACAAUUAUCUAUGCAAGAAUGGGCCUCUUCCCGUCGAGACUGUACAGAAGAUCUUCACUCAGCUGGUCGGAGCGGUUUCAUAUAUUCACAGUAAAUCAUGUGUCCAUCGAGAUUUGAAGCUGGAGAACGUCCUUCUCGACAAGAACGAUAACGUUAAACUCUGCGAUUUUGGCUUCACCAGGGAGUACGAGGGCAAAGCGAAUUAUCUGCAAACAUUUUGCGGUACUGUGUGUUAUAGUGCACCCGAAAUGCUGAAAGGAGAGAAAUAUGCCGGCGAGAAGGUCGACGUCUGGAGUUUGGGCAUCAUUCUUUACGCGCUGUUGAAGGGGGAACUGCCCUUCGAUGAAGAUGACGAUGCUGCCACAAAGGCCAAGAUAUUAAAAGACGAUCCUGUUUAUCCCGAUACUUUUCCCGAAGCCGCAAAGACGCUGGUUUCCAAACUGCUCUCGAAGCGGCCUCUGCACAGGCCAACCUUGUCAGACAUUCUCGCAGACCCUUUUCUGUCCGACCAUGCACCUCAUCAGCAAGCGAUCCUGAAACUUUCACAGCCAGCGGCAUUCACCACCCAGUUAGAAAAGGAGACCCUUGAACGAAUGAAAUCUGCAGGGGUGGAUAUUGACAAAGUCAUCGAGAACGUACUUUCGCAACGUUGUGACGCGCUGGCUGGAUGGUGGGCAUUACUCAUUGAGAAAGAAACAAGGAAGCAAGCGCGGAGAGAACGCAAACGGAAGGAAAGAGAAGCAGAGUUGAAGAUCCUUAGGCGGUUGAGUGGUGCUAGUAGCAGAUUGGAGAGGAUUGCACCCACCCUGGUUGAGGUCGACGAAGAGCAUUCUCCUGGCGAGACCGAAGGCCGUCGGAGCAGCAGUCGAGGCAGGACGCAGCGAAGGAGUACGCCUCAGAUAUUGGUCGGUGACUUGCCUCAACUUCCCGAAGGCGAUGUCAUAAAGUCUCCCGAGGCUGAAACACCACCGCCACCACCGAUCGAUAAAGACUCGGUGCGCUCUCGGAGCGGCUCUCGACCCCCCAUACCACCCAAGGAACGCAAACGCCGGAGCAGCACGCUACAACUCGUGACGACGAAUCCCGAGUUACUGGGUCCCAUGAAUGGAGUGAACAAGAGACGAAGUGGGCGGUUCCGCAAUCGACAAUUUCUAAGCCAGCUCACAGCAUUGAAGCAGUGGAUAGUCGACUCCACGAAGCGAGCCAGGUCACCAGUCAACACUAGGGUGGUGGACAAAAUCUUGAAUGGGCAUUCCAGCAACGACUCAAAAGCGACCCUCUCGAAAGAUUCUAACCAAAUGAACAAGAGCACCAGAAAUGUGGCAGGCACGGCAAAUCCCAACAGAUCGUCGAACGGGUCCGCGCUCACCCCUGUCACCUCCAAUUUCAAGCCUCUUCCUUCUGUGGCAAACCCAGCGCCUCGGAUUGAUACAGCCCGUGCGAGACCUCAUCGCAACUCUCUCUCGCCUUCACCUGUAACUCCCCGCUCCUCAUACCGACGCAGUUCCACCGGCCUACGGAGCCGUAAAUCGACAUCUUCAUCCGUCUCAUCGAUUCGCAGCAUGCCCCGACAUAACGCCUCUCACAGCAAAGCCUCUUCCCAAAGUUCUAACAGUCUCGACACGAUUCACAGUCCCACCAGCCGUACGGUUAGUCUCAACGGCCGCUCGCCUCACCCCUCAAUAAAAGUCCUCCCAGUGACACCUACAGCCAAUGCUUUCCCUUCGAAUAUCCGUCUAGUCCGAACGUCUAGAGGCUCGGACGCUGGCCUUCAACCCCGCCCGCUUUCUGGGAUCGGCAAUGACAUACUCAAUCAUCCACCGGCUACACCGCAAGGCCACGGCUUCGGCUCAAAUGUCAUGUUCGCUCGACGGAAGAAGUCACCUUUCAAAGGCCCUAUGCUUAACUCAGCCUUUUUCUCUGCAUCCACGCUCCCCGCCGCAUUCGGAAGCCCCGCUGUUGUUGGCGCUGGGAGAAACCGUGAAGGUUCGGAGGGGAAGCUCAACUUGGGCCUGAAGGAUUUUAUGAGCGGAGGUGGCAGAAGAGGCAGCAGUUCGAAGAGGAAAAAUCAGAUCAUCGAGGAAGAGGAAGAAGAUGAACAUGCUGUCAUCGGUGAAGAAGAGGAGGAGGAUGUCGAAGAAGUAGACGCAUUCCAGGCGGUUCACUUGAACAAGGGCGAAAGACUGGACAGUAUUACGAUUUGGAGUGAUGCUGUUCCGGAAGGUGCAGCUGCAGAUGAUGAUGGCGACGACUACAGACGAAAGGAAGGUGUCGGAAUUUACAGCUGA